AGUAGAUAGACUGUGAAUUUUUUGGAGUCAUGCGAAUGUGAUUUUUCGUAAUUGUUAUUAUUUACAUACAAAUUUGAGUGCUUUGUGUGAUAUUCUCCAUGAUAUUUUGUACAUUUAAUAUUAGUACAUUUUAUAAUGUUUGCGUUAACGGGAGAAGUAAACUUUUGGACUUUUGAUGACAAUGUAAACAUAGAGGUCACCGAUUUUGGUGCAUUUAAAUAUCACGAUAAACGUAUUGAUGGCACGUAUGAAGAAGGCAAAAGAUCAUAUUGUCAAGAGCGUGGAAUGACUUACGUCCCAGAAAACAAAAAGGGAAAUAAAUUAAAACAUUCUAUAAAAUAUUUAGAGGGUCAGCUCAAAGAUAAUUCUGUAAUUUAUUCUCAAUGGUAUGAUGAUUCUGUUGCACAAUUAAUGCUUAGCAAUGGCUUAUUGGUACAAAUACAAGUUUGUCUCUUCAGUGGUGAUGUAUUAGAAAUCAAUUUCGACAAAUAUCUUGUAGGAAAGUUAUCUGAACAUAUAUCUGAUGUAAUUAUUACCAAAAGUCAUUUGGUUUGUACAUACAAUGAUAAUCUAGUGACUUUGGUAUAUUUUACAAAAUCUAAGGCGCACAUUUUUGAUAAGAUAAGUAAGUUAGAACCUAAAUUAGUCACAACAGACUUAUUUAAACCUAAUGGACGCAGAUUGGAUAAAAAGAUUGAAGUAAACAAGUCUGCUAAUUUGAUAUUAAUUUGGCGAAAAUCUACAAUGAACGAAGUUUAUCCUUGGAGUCCUGCUAUGAAACAAUAUCAUCGAGCAAACAUGCAUCUCUUUCAGCUCACAGGAACAAAAUUAGAAUUGUUAUGUUACAUACGUACUGAAUUUGAUCCCUUGUGUAUUACAUUUGAUGCAUGCGAUGACAAUAUUAUUCAUUCUGUAGAACAAAAAGUUUCACGAAAGGGAGAAGUUACUGUAGAAUGGCGUACAUAUGAAGUCUCUCGGCAAAAUAAAUUAAAAAGGAUCGCUGUGAUUUCUGUACCAUUGCCAACGCAUACAAGUUGUGUGAGAUUUUCACCUAAUCAGGAACUAUUACUUUUAUGUUGCAUUGAUGGUACUAUUAUGAUGUAUGAUCAGAUCAAAUCGACAAGCAUCAGUGUAAAAGCAGCUUUUAUACCUACUUUAGCCGCUUGGCACAGCGAUGGUAUAAUAUUUGUGGUAGGUAAUGAUAGAGGCCAGUUUCAAUAUUUUGAUAUUACUUUAAUGUGUAUCAAAAGCCAGACAUUAAGUGACGAGUCAAUGCCAGCGAAUAUUCUCGACUUAUCAUCAUAUUUUAAGAAUCAGCAUGCUUUGCUGCAUAUGGAAUGGAAUAGGAAAAGUGAUUCAAAUCAGAUACGUUAUUACAACAAUGGCAAUUCUUUAUUUUUAUUACUUUUCGAACGAGGACCGAUUGGAGUUAUUAAAGUGAUUGAAGGCGAUACUCUCUCUGGGGAUGAAUUAGUCAGAAGGUAUUUGUCAGAGUCUCGAGCAGAACAAGCGACUUCCUUGCUGUUGUCGAUGAAUUGGGAUACGUAUCCACGUAUUUGCAUGCAUUCGCUUAAUCAAAUCUUAAACUAUUUAUUUAAGUUACCGUUAACAACGGAACGCGAAGGUCUGAUACAGAAUGCGUUAGGCAGUUUUCACAUACCUAUUAAACCAAUAAGUCAAACUGUCGAAGAAGAAUAUGGGGAUGAAGUAAGAGAUUUGACAAGGAGAUUUUUCCAUCAUUUAUUAAGGUAUAAGAUGUUUGAAAAGGCUUUUCGUCUAGCUAUUGAUCUAAAUGAUCACGAUCUUUUUAUGGACAUACAUUUCUAUGCUACGGUUUUGAAUGACAUGGAACUGGCAACUGCAGCCAAAGAAAAAGCUGAGAGUAUUCUAAGCAGAUCGAACAGUUGCAGUGGUUCACAUUCCACAUGUUCGAGAACAUCAUGUUCUAUAUGUUCCGAUUCAAGUAAUGAGAAGGAAGAGGAGGAAGAGGAGGAGAAGAAUAUAGAAGCAACAUAUAGUGAAGAGAGCGAAGAUUCUCAAAAAGAAAAACGACUUCAUCUGAAACGAUCGCGAAAGUAUCGUUACAGAAAAGCUUCCAGUUCAAAUCAAAUCCCACCCUUACCAGUUAUCCAUCCUCAUCAUACCGCAAAGAACUCACUUUGUGCCUCAUAUAAUAAUAUUCCGUCCACUAUUAAGACUGACUACAUCUUAAUACCUUCGUCCUUUGACACUUCUAAUAACAUUUUAACAACUUCGUUUAAUCAUUCUUCGCACAUUUCAAGUCCAUUUUUAUCAUCAACUUCUUUUAAUAAAUCAUUAUACAGUACACACUCAAAUUUUACACCGAUUAGCGCGGCGAAUGUCAUUAAUAGUUCUCAAGUAUUUAAUAAUGCAUCAGACGACUUGAUGACUACGUCAUUCGGCAGUAUUUCUUUCAAUGAAUCAGACGUAAUAGUGAAUGAUCAGUCUAGCAAUAAUUUUGACGAGAGAUCGUACGAACAAUCAUUACUUAAUGAGAUAUCAUAUUCUUUUAGUAGUUCCACUACUAACGUAAUAACGACUUGCGCGCAAGACGAUAGCUUUAUCUCUACUCCUUUCAAUAAGCCAAUAUAUGAAUCGGAAGACAUUCAUUCUAAUAAUUAUUUGACGAGUUGUUUAAACGUCAUUGAUAAUAAUGUUAUGUCAACGUCAUUCGGUACUCGAAUUGCUAACACUCCUAUCUCGCAUAGUAACUCUGUCAAUGCACUAAUAGCGAACAAUAACUCUGAAACAACUUUUAUGUUACGAGGUAUGAAAUCUUCAAAGAUAUCUGAUAAAUCAUUAACUAAAACUCUUAUCGAUAAUACUCAUACAACGGAUCAAUUGCCUCUUUCGAAUAAUACUUGUAACAAUCUGAUGUCUACUUCGUUUAAUAAUCUUGAAGGAUAUACAACUCUUGAAAGUAACGACAUUACAUUUCCUAACACGUUUAAUAAUGUCAAUGAUCAAGCCGUUAAAUUACAACAUCCUAUAAUGGAAGAAAAAGAAACAAACAUCACUGUUCCAUCACCACCUUCUCUGAUAAAUUCUUUCUCUAAUUGCCUUCAUGAUUUACCUAGAAAAAAUUAUCUUUUGUCUAGAAACACUCAAGGUUUGUCAAAUAUUAAAGAAUUGGAGAAAUUUACAUCGAAUAAAACCCAUAUGCCGUUGUGCAUUUUACAAAAACAGAAUUCCACAACAUCUAAUGUACCUGAAAAUCAGAAAACAUCUCUAUCUUUCAAAACAUAUAGAUACAAUUAUGAUCUAGAUUACAUACCGUUUCAGGGUUCUCGCGACGAUACAGAUUUACAACUUUCACAAACAGUUAACAAAUUUUCCUCGCAAGACUUUCAUCCUAAUUACAGUAUACAACAUGGAUUAUUUGAGAAUAGACACUUAUCGAGGUCUUCCCAAACCGUUAAUAGAGAAACUAAAAUGUUUUCUAAUGUACCACCUCUGCCUGUAAUUAAUACGUCUAUCGCUAAUUCAAAGAUUUGCUCUACGUGUCCAUCGUUUACCGAUAUAUCAAGUUCUCUUUCUAACGAAAAGCCAAAAGUGAAAUUUUCAGACACUGUUACUCAUAUACUAGUACCUGGCACAACUCAAGUAUACAAACAGAAACGAUCUACUACACAAACACGUAUAACGGAUCCUAAACGUGAACUAGCUGAAAGUCUUCCACUUUGUCUGGGUAAUGAAGAUUACCUUAAAGAUUUUCAACCAUUGUGUAAAGAUAAUGCUGAUGAAAAAAUAAAAGAACCUCCGAAGACUGAUGACAGUACAAAGAUUAAAGUUGUGCAUUUUGGUUUAUUGUAAA